ACUACAGUUCACUAUGAACUCGCUAUAUACCCUUGGGGUCCGACAGACCAACUCGAUACAAGCCGACCUUGAAAGGCUGAAGAGCGGAGAUGCGUCCGCUUCGCUCCUCGGGCAGAUAUCCGCUUCGCUUGCUGCAAUGCAGCGGACAAUUGACGAUUAUGAUUCUAUGGCGAAACGGGAGCUGAUCAAAGUGAAGCAGGAAAAGGCACAAAUGCGCGUAACAAAGUUCCGCUCAGACUACAACGAACUCAGGAUUGAAUUCGAGCGAUGGAAGGCGCAAAAAGAAGCUGCCGACCGAGCAGAGCUCCUUUCAGGAGCUUCUACAUCCACAGCUGCAGGACCCUCCUCGUCAGCAACAUAUCGCCGCCCUCCUGGAGUGUCGUCAUCCCUCACGGCCUCUGACGUCUCAGAGUCCCCCUUCCGUACGCCAACCCCCAAUUAUCCCAAUAGCUACGACGGUAUCAGCUCUCUUCGUGAAAGCCAUGCUCUGCGGGAACAUUCCUUUGUGCAACAAACACAUAGCCAACUCGAUGACUUUAUCGCCCAGGGGAGGGAAGUGCUGGACAACUUGGUAGACCAGCGGAAUAUGCUGAAAGGGACGCAACGCCGGCUUUUGGACGCUGCGAACACGCUCGGUCUGAGCAGAGAUGUCAUUGGAUGGAUUGAGAGGAGAAGUACCCAGGACAUGUAUAUCUUCUUCGCUGGAGCUAUAUUCACUUUCUUUUGCUUCUGGCUUAUUUUGCAUUACCUUGGUUAA